GGUUGUGGUGAUGAUGAGGAUGUGUCAGACGUGCUGUUGUUGCUUCAGUCUCAAGUCGGGCACUCAGUGCAUCGGACUCUUCUGUUUUGUUCUUUCGACCAUCAACUUGUCUUCUUCCCUGUACCAAAUACUCACCAAGGUCCACACAAGCAGUCUGGCUCUGAAAUCUCUGCUCGUUGGAUACUGCGUGCUCUACGCUUCGUUCAUCGUUUUGUCUAUCGGAGUCAUCUAUGGAGCUCAAGCUAGGAAAGCCGUCUUCCCGGUGCUGUGGUCACUGUGCGCCUUGUCAAUCGCGGGUCUGGAGACGGCCCACAUUGCGCUCAUUCUUCGCUCACAGAAGCAAAAACAACAGCAACAACCCACGGGUGACACGGAUGUCGAUGUCGAUGACGAAGGGCAGAGACUCGCAAUAGUCGCAUCCACGUGCCACGCCCUCGUCAUGACGUACUUUGCCUUCGUCGUGUGCAACGCGGCACUGGAAAUACGACGGGAUCCGGUCAAAGUUGAACAGACCAAAAGCCCACCGGAUGAAAAAAAUGGGGCAUCCCACGAUGAUGAUGAUGAUGAUGAAGCCUAUCAAUUUAACAGCAAUGCAGAGAAAGGCACGGAAGUCACGACUGCGAUUUGAUCUCGAUUUUUUUUAAAUAAAAAAAAUGUGUAAUGAGCGUGUUUCAAUUUGAAACCCCGGGACAAAAGAAAACACCGGGAGUUUUUGCGUGCCAUUCUCUCGCCUUUUUUUGUUUUUCUUGCCGCUGUCAGGCCUAAAAAAUUUUUUUUAAAUCGGUUUGUUCUCACAGAACUCGCAAAAAAAAUCAAAACGGAACUUUUCCCACUUGUUGAGAAAUUUCUUCUUGAAAAAUCCUCGUCCGAGUUCAUAUCUGAAAAUGUUCAACAUACUUACACUUAUUUUGGAAAGAAUAUUUUCAAAUUCCUUGGUAGAACUCGAUGAUCUUGGAAAAUUCCACAAAAAUGCAAGCGGGAAUUUCAUACAGUUAUCAGAAGAAAUAAUUCAGAGUUUCAAAUUUUUCUCACUUCAUUUUGAGCUGGCUGGGCGAAAAUUUAAAUAGUAGUCAGAAAAUCGUCAAAACAAUUAUCAUUAAAUCAAUGAAAAGGAAGGGUUCCUUUGUGUAUCAAUUAAUGAGCAAGAAGUUGCCCAGGUCAGGGUUGCAAUCGACGAAAAUACACAGAAAGCAAUUGUAUUCCCAAAAAAAUUAUCUAUCCCACGUAUUCGUAAAAUGCUGACUCAAAAAUUGGUGCAACCACAGAACUUCAAUUACAAGACAUUAAAAAAAACUUUUAAUCCUCCCCCGCGUAUAAUUAAAAAAAUCGUUGGGUAAUUUUUCACCAUUGCAUUAAAAAUUUGCAAUUAAUCACCGAAUGCUCUGCUUUUCAAAAUCAAUUUCCUAAAAUUAUUUCUCCACUUUUAAUCGAGUGAAUUCUCAUAUUCACUCUUCGUCGUUCCGCUUUGCCCAAAAAAAAAAAUAUGUACAACGUUGGAAAUAUUUUAUAUAAACUUCGUACUUUUUUUGAACACAACAUUACUGCGGUAGUGUAAAAAUAGAGAUGAGGUCUUUGAGGUAAUUUUAAAAAAUUUGGAUUUUGAAAAUAUUAAAAAUGCGGGAGAAACGGCACGCGAAUUUCUCAGGAAAAAAUUAUGAACGUCUCAAUUCGAACAUUUGAAGAAUGGUUUCCUAAAAAGCGUGUGAUUUUUAUCCAUUUUUUAAUCCACAAAAUUUCUUCAACGCCAACAAAUUUGACUACAAUACCGAAAAGAAAAUGACCAUGAAAUGGAAGCUGAAUUACGCAACCGAUUUCUUAAAUUUUCUUGGCACAGAAAAAGAAACUGUCGGCGAAGACGACGUUGAAGAUUUGCUGCUUUUUUCAACGUUUUUUUUUACGACGAUUGAAUCAAAUAUUCAAGACAAUAUCCGGAGUGAUUUCAAGCUUUUCAUUCAUAUUCACGCGCAUUUGGAAUUUUCCCUCGGAGUCUUGCCGAAAAAAAAAAAAAAACUUGCAUGAAUAUUCGCACUCGGGAUGCGCACUGUGAUUUUGUUGCGAAGAUUGUAUGUUUUCAGCUGGAUAUCGGUUGGAAUGAAAAUGAAGAUAUUAUUUGGA